ACAGCGGUGUGGGAGCUGGUGUGUGUGCAGCUGUGUCAGGCCAGACAGCGGUGUGGGAGCUGGUGUGUGUGCAGCUGUGUCAGGCCAGACAGCGGUGUGGGAGCUGGUGUGUGUGUGUGCAGCAGCAGGGCAGGUCUAUAGGUGUGUUUGGUAGACAAGAGACGCGAAUUAUCCCCACCAUCAUAACGCCAAUUUGCUUGACGGUGUUGUUGACGGUGAUGGUAUGUGUUGGUGCCCUACCCACCUCCCCGCCAACGGCGCCCCAGACGCCAGCGCUCCCGUCGGAGCCCCAGGCGCCAGCGCCCCCUAGUCGCUGCCAGUACUGGUGCCGGACGCCAGAGGACACCUUCUACUGCUGCACAGAUGACCAUCUCUCCGACCCCACAGAACACGCCGGGUAUUGCCCUGCCACUCGUGUCUUGUGUCCCGUCGUAGCCAAGCUGCUCCCCGACACCUUGCCUCGCAGAGACUACAAUGGUGUCGCCUUCCCCGACCUGCCUAAGUUCUGUGCUACUGACGGAGGUUGUGAAGACUACGAGAAGUGCUGCUUCGACCGUUGCUUCAGGAAACAUAUCUGCAAGUUCGCCUCCAGCGAGGAUGUGCAGCUCCUCCGGUACUCGGACGAGGCCGCCCUGCAGGGGGACGUGGUACAGCUGGGUUACGCCUACGAUCCCCACCGCUUCCUGUGAGCCUUCACUCGUUCACCACACUGCCAUGUUAACCUGCAUUUGUCCUUUUGAUAUCAAUAAACCUGA